GUCUACCCCAACGAUUAUCGGUUCUUCGACAGAUAUUACCAGUACAUUGCCAGUUCAGCUUGCAUAUUUUGACAGCGAUGUCGGUAACGUACGUUUAGCGUUUUUUGACGGCUGUAAUGUUAAAAUCCCGCCUUCAGAAUCGCACUCGAUUUACUAGUUGGUUCCACAGUACGAAGCUACGACACUGUCGAUAAUACUCUCACAGCGUUAUCAUAUCAGCAACAAGCCCAGACAGUAUUGCAGACGGUACGAGCACGCGGGUAUAUGUAGAGGUGUGACGGAAAAAAAUCACUAGUUCCUCCCAGAAGCAUAGAGCAAUAAAAUAGCUUACGAGACUCUUUUGUCAAUAAAAAGUAAAUCGAAGUUUCCGCGCGCGAACGAAAAUUUAAAUUUGGAAUUUGUAAAAAAGAUAUCGUCGAUUUACGCCGCGGUUUGGAUUUGGAACUUUUCGUUCGGGAGUUUCUGCGUGCUUUUUUUGUUGGAGUUUGUCUUUUUGAAUUUGGAGUCAUGUUGCUGUCGUCGGUUUUUGGUUUACACCGCCUCCUGCCGUGUCUGCUGCUGAGCCUCUGCCUGUCCCCCGCCGCCGCGCGCCCCCCGCGCCUCGCCCCCGACAGCGGGGUCUUCACACAGUCCGCAGAGUGUCAUACUGAUGAUGAACUCCUAGACCUUUGCCAGCGGUGUGCCAAGCUGACGAAAUCCACCAUCGCCCUACCCUCAUGUUGCUCUACCGACCUUCAAGCCAGGAAGUGGUGCAGUGACUACGUCUACUUCGGACGAAGGCAAAACGACUUCUACUGAAUAGACGAUAAUCCAAUGACAGGUCACUAUCAGACAAACCAAAUGAUGCCUUAACGGAACACGUAAACUAAGACAUAUCAUUAGGUUUAGAUUUAGACACGGAUUUGAAGAAAGUAAGAGAAAAAAUCGAUGAGGAAUGAGACGAGUUUGAGGUGAAUUAUGACAGACCGCCUAGUAAAACAGUUUGUGAAUAUGUGUGAAAGUAAUUUGGCAGAGUAUGAAGAAUAUAUGAGAGUAUGACAGAGGAUAGGGUAAACUUGAAUAAAAUAAAAAAGCUGACUCAAAAUGCGGGAAAUGUUAGGAAGGUGAAAAAGAAACAUUUGUAAAUUUUAAAAGCUUUGUUUUAAAGGCCACAACUUUUAUGAAUGCGAAGUUUUCUGGCGAUAGAAUACUUAAAUAGGAGACGGCUAUAGAUAAUAAUGUAUAAUAUGAGAUACAACCAAUUAAUGUAAAAGAGCUUCGUUCUUCCUUCGUGUCUCUGCUUCUAUCUUAGAAGUGCAUGUGUUAUGUAGUGUUUUGGGAAAUCAUAUAUUAACCAGUAGGUUUAUAUAUAAUUCUCAUUAUCUUUGUUGUUUUAAAUCCUAAAUAUAAUAUGAUUAUCGUUACGGGUUAUGAUGUGAUCAGUGUAAGAAAAUAUUUUUUGUAGAAAACCCCAAUUAAAGGUGUGCCAACUUGUAAAUUAGCAACUACUUACCUACUUAAAUUUAAGUAGAUAACUUUAUAUUAUAAUUAGGCAAUUAAAAAUGUGAUACUUAUUUAUAAUUUAAAAAUUAAGAUUAUUUGCGUAAAACAAAAACGAGUGCAGAGGUCAUAUAUCAUUAUUAUAAAAACCCGAAAUGUUGCAAUACUUAUGAAAAUUUUGUAAUUAUGUAAUUUACAAAUCAGUUUGCAAAGUCUUGUUCCAAAAUCGUACCUAUAUGUAACUAGGUAUAUAGUUUCGUGAAAAUAAUUGAAAUUAUGCAUAAAUUUUUAAAAAUAACACUUUAACAUAAAUAUGUAGGCUCAACGCACAUUUUUUAUUUACUUUAGGUACUAAAAAGCAAACUACGGAAGGUAAGGUAACUACAAAAAAGCUCAAUAGAUGGCGCUCCUUGUAAUUUUGUAUACAAUGAAGUUGUGAAGUAAAAUAUACCUUGUUGUGCCGCAAUAAGAGUUGUAUUAAAAUGUGAUUCUAAUUUUAAUACAUCUGUGAUGCAUGGAUCCCCUGCCUCAUUACAUGGCUGUGAAAUAUUAGUUACAUAAGUACCUAAAUAUAAAUAAAUACUCAUACCUUA